CCGAGUGAAACCUGCAGCUGGGAGAACUUUGCACUCCCAACCUCCCUUGCACUCGCACGAUCGAGUGGAGUGCACCAUGAAUUGUUCGAUGCCUGGCCUUGUGGCCUAUGCGCUCUUCUUCACGCUCUUGUUCACCGCGCCGGCAACCUCGACCGCUGGCCUCACCAUGCGUGCCGACCUGACCCACGUUGACAAAGGUCGGGGCUUCACCAGAUGGGAGCUUGUCAGCCGGAUGGCCGCUCGUUCGAGAGCCCGUGCGGCCAGCCUUUACCAUCGUGGCGGCCACUACGGCGACCCAGUGACGGCGACUGUGGUACGCAUGCCCGCCGAGUACCUCAUCCACUUGAACAUCGGCACGCCGCGGCCGCAGCGAGUGGCGCUGACGAUGGACACCGGCAGCGACCUUGUCUGGACACAGUGCACGCCCUGCCAUGUCUGCUUCGACCAGCCGUCCCCGAUCUCUUUUCUACUAGUGUUCGACGGUUCCAUGUCCAGCACCUUCAAGGCCGUCGCUUGCCCCGAUCCCAUCUGCCGGCCGAGCUCCGGCGUGAGCGUUUCCGCGUGUGCUAUGGAAAAUUUCCAGUGCUUCUACCUCUGCUCUUACGGUGACAGAUCCAUCACGGCGGGCCAUAUCUUCAAGGACACCUUCACCUUCAUGUCGCCCAACGGCGUGCCGGUAGCCGUGUCGGAGCUCGCCUUCGGCUGUGGCGACUAUAACACCGGCUUGUUUGUUUCGAACGAGUCCGGCAUCGCUGGCUUCGGCCGCGGGCCACAGUCGUUGCCGUCGCAGCUCAAGGUCGGCAGGUUCUCGUACUGCCUCACGUUAGUGACCGAGAGCAAGAGCAGCGUGGUGAUCCUGGGCACGCCGCCGGACCCGGAUGGUCUCCGAGCGCACACUACGGGCCCGUUCCAAUCCACUCCGAUCAUAUACAACCCUUUGAUCCCUACUUUUUACUACCUCUCUUUGGAGGGCAUCACCGUGGGCAAGACGCGGCUGCCGUUCGACAAGUCGGUGUUCGCGCUCAAGAAGGACGGCUCGGGCGGGACGGUGAUCGACUCCGGCACGAGCCUCACCACCUUACCGGAGGCCGUGUUUGAGCUCCUCCAGGAGGAGCUCGUGGCGCAGUUUCCGCUGCCCCGCUACGACAACACCCCGGAGGUCGGCGACAGGUUGUGCUUCCGCCGGCCGAAAGGUGGGAAGCAGGUGCCCGUGCCGAAGCUGAUCUUGCACCUGGCGGGCGCGGACAUGGAUUUGCCCCGCGACAACUACUUCGUGGAGGAGCCGGACAGCGGGGUGAUGUGCCUGCAGAUCAACGGCGCGGAAGAUACUACCAUGGUGCUCAUAGGCAACUUCCAGCAGCAGAACAUGCACGUCGUCUACGACGUGGAGAACAACAAGCUGCUCUUCGCGCCUGCGCAGUGCGACAAGCUGUGAGUGACCAACUCACUUGCUAGCUUGUGCGUACGUACGUACGCGCUGCACAUGUGCAUGUGUAUGACUGUAUGCUUCUACGGCUCGACCUAUGUGUUGUUAGUGCUAAAUAAAAAAAAAUGUCGCUAUCCAUCGAAUACGUGUGUGUAACUUCUUUAAACAAGAAACUUA